CUGGGUCAUUCUUGCCCUCAUCUCCUCUCCUCCCUCUGGACCCCACCUUCCACCUCCGCCAACCACCGGGUCCACGGGGAUCAGCUGCUGGCUGUACGUAUAUGUAUUAUAUUUAAGCACCGUACAUGUAUGUAUGUAUGUAUAGGAUUAGGGCCCUGACAUGAAUAGAACAGUUUUGUUGUUCUUGAUGUUGUUGUUAAUGGAGUCUUGACACCCACCCCUUUUCUUUCUUUCUUUCUUUUUUGUUUUUGUCUACUUUUUUCUUUUUCUGAUGGGGAGAGGAGAGAGAAAGGGUGACUGCAGGAAGGAGGAGCAUUCGUGUCAGUGUGUGUAGCCUUGUAGGAGAUGAAUGAGAGACAGUGUGUGUUGUGGAGGAAACACCCUUUUUGUUUUGUUGGUAGGUUAAUGGGACUUGUCAUGAUUGGUAUUUCUUCAUUUUCAAGACAAUUGAGCUCUGAAAGAAGGUCAUGGUGGUGAAGUUCAUUUCCUAUGAUUUUUGAGGUAUUUUUGAGGGAAUCUAUGUUUCAAAUUGGUGUUGAAGAGGUGAAAUGUUGAGGAAGGGUUUCAUAUGUUUUUGACUUAUUGCAGUGGCUACUAAUUUGUGGUAAGGUUGUUGAAAGCUGAUCCUUGUUAGUCUUAAUGGGAUUUGAGAGUUUUGUGUUUAUUUUGAUGGUUUUUGAGAAAUUCUCUUUAGAAAUCGCGCUGAGGAGGUGGAGGAGAACAUCAAGAUCGAGUUGUUUCAUGGAUAAGGAGGGCGAAUUUUUCUGGGACUGUUUAUCAUAUGUGAGCGAGGUAUUCCACAGAUUGAGUGCAUCGAGGAGGAGGGGGCGGUUUUUGGUGUCUUCCCAAUUGUCCCAACUGGAAAUCAUGAAGUUCCCUUGUACCUAUAAGGAUGCCCUACAGUCUGAGAGGAAGGAGCCAGCUGGGUCGAGGAUUCAUUCCAAGUCGUGUCGCGAUGGCUUGGAAUCAAACCCUCCAUUCAACACUCGCCCGCUUCCCCAUUUUCCUUCCUUGAAGAAGUUCCAUCGCAAAAUGAAGUUCCAGAAGGAAUCGGGUUGGACAAAGUACUUUGAUCAUGGUGGAGGGAGGGUGUCCUCUAUGGAUUCAACAAACGAGUUCUUGAUCGAUCUUUCUAAGCUGUUUCUUGGGUUGAGGUUUGCACAUGGAGCCCAUAGCCAGCUUUACCACGGGAUAUACAAGGACGAGCCCGUUGCAGUCAAGAUUAUCAGAGUGCCAGAUGUCGACGAAACUGAAAGCCUAGAACCUAAGUUAGUGAGCCAGUUUAACCGGGAAGUUGCUCUCUUGUCUCGUCUUCGCCAUCCAAAUGUUAUCGAGUUCGUAGGCGAAUGCACGAAGCCACCCGUUUUUUGCAUUGCCACCGAAUAUCUCUCAGCAGGCUCGUUAAGAGCAUACCUGCACAAGCUCGACCACGAAUCUGUCCCCUUGCAGAAACUCGUUGCGAUGGCUUUGGAUAUCGCAAAGGGAAUGGAAUAUGUUCAUUCCCAAGGCAUAAUCCAUAAGGAUCUCAAACCCGAGAAUAUCCUCAUCAGCCACGAUUUUCAGCUCAAAAUCGCCGAUUUUGGAAUAGCUUGUGAGGAGGCGCACUGCGAUCUUCUGUGUGACGAUCCGGGCACGUACCGUUGGAUGGCUCCCGAAAUGAUCAAGCGUAAGCGCUAUGGUCGGAAGGUUGAUGUGUAUAGCUUCGGGCUCAUUUUAUGGGAGAUGUUGACGGGAUUUGUCCCCUAUGAGGACAUGACUCCUAUGCAAGCCGCUUUUGCUGUAGUUAACAAGAAUAUGAGACCGAAAAUUCCUGGAGACUGCCCUCCUGCCAUGAAAGCUUUGAUCGAACAAUGCUGGUCUAUGCAUGCGAAAAAGAGGCCCGAGUUUUGGCAGAUUGUGAAGGUUUUAGAGCAGUUUGAGUCUUCACUCGCUAGUUAUGGAACACUACUGAAUCUAGUACCGAAUUCGAGAUCUCAAGAUCAGAAAAAGGGGCUUCUUUGGUGGAUCCAAAAGCGUGAUCCCACCCAUUCAAACGCUUCUUCUAGAGGCUAAUCCUAAUGAUUCUGUAUGAUCUGACGUUUGUAGUUUCUCCAGGUCCCGUUGUAACUAGAGAGUGCUGUGUCUCAAUCCCGUGUGAAUGUGAAUGGCUAGGCCUUAGGCGUGCGCUAGAGUGGCAUUUGUAAAAUUUUCUGAUGACAAACGGUAUAAGUUUUUGAGAACGAUCGACUGCAAACAUCUAACCCAAAUCUUGAUUGAAAUAUAUAUUCCCUUCACUUUUGAUUA